UGCUGAAUGAUCCCACCUAAUUUUGUCUCCUUCCUGGACUGGACUGCCUUCCAUUUUUUAAGACAUAUAUUUUUGUUGUUAGAGCGGCCACUUGAGUGUCUGGUCAGUAUAAUGGAUCAUCUGUGACCGUGCGUCCGCUCUGGUGCAAGCCAAGACGAAGAAAGUUGGGGAAAGAUGCACGAAGAGGAUGGCGGAGAGGAGAACUCUUCACGAGACCUACGGGUUCUGGCCUCCAAUUCGGUGGACGCAGGCGAACCCGAAUCACUGAAGGACCCGGUCGCGAAACUAUGCGGUUAUUUGACUAAACUCGCUGGAAAAGGGCCGCUGCGGGGGUUUAAACUCCGCUGGUUUGUGUACGACGAGAGGAAAUGUUAUUUGUAUUACUUCAAGACUCCCCAAGACGCCUUGCCGCUGGGACACAUAACGAUAGGCGAAGCCAGCUUCAGCUAUGAUGUGGAGGGGGAUGAGGGGCAGUUUGAGAUUCGCACCGCGGGGAAGGAGUUUGUACUCAAGGCCCCUAACCGCCAGGUGAUGCAGUACUGGCUCCAGCAGCUGCAGCAGAAGCGUUGGGAGUUCAGUAACACCAGAGGGUCUGGACAGAGGGACAGCUGGAGUUCUCCUACCCCUCACACUGGCCUGGUGGCCAAAGAUACAGAUGUCUUUGUGUUUGAGAAGCCCAGUCACAGUGACAGCAUGGAGAGGGUACGCAGCGACUUUGCUAUGGAAACAGACAAGGACGGACUGGUGGGUGUCCAAUCAGUACGAGGCCCCUCCCACCACCCCCCCAAUCCCCUCAACUUCUCCAGCAAGCUGGGCCACUGGAGCUCAGAGAUCAGGAACUCCAUGUCAGGUCUGCGUGUGGGUCGAGGAGGAGGAGAGAACAGACGCUCUGUCUUCUACACUGGGAGCAGUGGUGAUGAGUGGGAGAUGUUAGACGCUCCCUCAACCAAGGACAUCAACCCGGACCACAAACAUCCCACCCAGCCUCAGACUGACUCACACAGACACUCCAUUGGUUCUCCAUUCACAUUUGACUUCGGGCGGAGCAGCAGUUCCUCGUUGCGGCCCAAGCGGCCCACUCUGCGGGACAUAAUGGGUUCAGGGAGGUUAGGACGCAGCACAGAGAGCUCUUCCCCCUCUUCUCAGACCACGCCCCCAGUGGAGUGUAACGGCAGCAGGACCAAUGAGCUGCAGCUCCGCCUCCAGAGCCAGGAACAGGAACUGACACGCCUCCACGAGGAGAACAACAACCUGACUGAGGAGUUAACCUCCCAGAAGGAGCUGGUCAGACUGCUUCAGCAGACCUUGAGGAGCACCCAGAGGGAGAUGCGACCAGCGCCAGUAUUAACUCCAGUACCUGCCUCACCUCCAGCCCCAGGGUUCCCAAAGUCGGACCUAGCCCAGAUGGAAGCCCUCCUCCUGGACAGGGAUGGUCAGGUCCAGGCCCUGUGUUGCCAGAUGGAGCGUCUAGCCCUGGAGAAGGAGAGUCUACAGAGGGAGCUGAAAGGACUGAAGGUCAAGGUUGGGGAGAUCAAUGAGCAGCUGAGCAUGCUGAUGGAGACCAUCCAGGCCAAAGAUGAGGUCAUCAUUAAACUGUCCCAGACACCCCCCCAGGGAGCAGACGGGACCACCCCCCUGCUGCAGGACUGCAGCUCAGCUCCACCCCCCGCCAGCCAGCAACAGGAGAUAAACAAUCUUAAGGACAGUGUUCAAGGCUAUAAAUCCCAGAACAAGUUCCUGAAUAAGGAGAUCCUGGAGCUGACUAUUCUACUAAGGAACGCUGAGGCCAGGGAGCGAUCUCUGGAGGUUAAGUAUGUGGCGUUGGAGGCUAAAGUGUGUCAGGUUGAGAGUAAGUACCUGGUGCUGCUUCAAGACCUGAAGAACCCAGUGUGUUCCUCUUCAGAACAGAGUCCUGCCAGGGAGGUCAUCUCUAGACUGUUGGAGGAUGCACUGAACAACACUGACCCUACGGGACACGCCGUCUUUAAGCCACACCCUGUCAGUGAGUACGAUGUGUUCGGCUUCAAAACAGUUCCAGAGGAGGAUGAUGAAGAGGAGAAGCUGGUAGCCAAGGUGAGGGCUCUGGACCUGUGCUCCCUCUCCCUAACAGACCCUGAGGUGUCAGUGGGGGUGAAGUGGGAGAACUAUCUCUCCUCUACUAUGAACAGAGACAUGGUGCACUGCCCCGAACUCAAAGCCCUUAUGAGGAGCGGGGUGCCACAUGUCCAUCGCUCCAAGGUGUGGCGCUGGUGCGUGUCCUACCACACCAGGAAGUUCCGUGACAGCCUGGCUCCAAACUACUACGAGACCUUACUGGGUGUGGCCAGAGACAAGCCUAAUCCCGCCUCCAAACAGAUAGAGCUUGACCUGCUGAGGACCUUACCUAACAACAAACACUACUCCUCCCCCGGCGCCGACGGAAUACAGAAACUACGUAAUGUCCUGCUAGCCUUCUCCUGGAGGAACCCUGACAUAGGAUACUGCCAGGGACUCAACAGGCUGGCAGCCAUAGCUCUGCUGUACCUGGACCAAGAGGAUGCUUUCUGGUGUCUCAUCACUAUCGUGGAGGUCUUCAUGCCCCAGGACUACUACACCAAGACCCUGCUGGGAUCACAGGUGGACCAGCGUGUUUUUAAGGACCUGCUGAGUGAGAAGCUGCCCAGACUCCACGCCCACUUUGACCUCUACAAGGUUGACUCCUCCCUCAUUACCUUCAACUGGUUUCUGGUCCUCUUCGUAGACUCAGUGAACUCUGACCUCCUCUUCAAGAUCUGGGAUGCCUUCCUGUACGAGGGACCCAAGAUCAUCUUCCGCUUCGCCCUCGCUCUCUUCAAGUACAAGGAGGAAGAGUUUCUGAAGCUUCAGGACUCCAUGGCCAUCUUCAAGUACCUCCGCUAUUUCACCAUAACUAUCCUGGACUGGAGGAAGUUGAUGAGCAUAGCGUUUGUGGACAUGAAUCCGUUCCCCCUGAGACAGAUCCUUAACCGCAGGACCUUCCAUCUGGAGAAGGUUAGACUAGAGCUGACAGAGCUUGAGGCCAUCAGACAAACCUUCCUCAGAGAGAGAGACACACACACCGACGCAGGCGCGCUGUGUAGCGACGAUGAGGAGGACAACUAGCCAAUCACGGCCCAGGCCAACUAGGACAUCAGUAGAGAGACUGACCACGGCCCCCGACGCACGCAUGCAAACUUUGUAGCGACAACUAGCACACAGCCUGUCAGGGUGCAGUGCCUGCAGACUCCAGCCAAUCAGGGCUCUCGCCUGGCUAUCCCGCCCACCUUCAGACCAAACAGACGCUGUCAUGAGUAAUGACCCACCAUGAUGACCAGUGAUAUAUCCACAUACUCCCCACUCUCUGCUACGCUAGACCUGUCACCUCCAUGUUCUCCACAUGCUGAACCCUGUGGCUUGGACCUGUCACCUCCAUGUUCUCCACAUGCUGAACCCUGUGGCUUGGACCUGUCACCUCCAUGUUCUCCACAUGCUGAACCCUGUGGCUUGGACCUGUCACCUCCAUGUUCUCCACAUGCUGAACCCUGUGGCUUGGACCUGUCAUCUCCAUGUUCUCCACAUGCUGAACCCUGUGGCUUGGACCUGUCACCUCCAUGUUCUCCACAUGCUGAACCCUGUGGCUUGGACCUGUCACCUCCAUGUUCUCCACAUGCUGAACCCUGUGGCUUGGACCUGUUCACCUCCAUGUUCUCCACAUGCUGAACCCUGUGGCUUGGACCUGUCACCUCCAUGUUCUCCACAUGCUGAACCCUGUGGCUUGGACCUGUCACCUCCAUGUUCUCCACAUGCUGAACCCUGUGGCUUGUUGUGGAUCAAAACACUCUUGGCCAAAUGUUUUUUUCAAUUACUUCCAAUCUUUUGUAAACGUGUUAAUCUGUUUGUUGUGGCUGAGGGACAUUGAGCUGAGAGGUUGACAUGACAACCACAGUGUUAUUCUGUCCCACAGCCAUACUGCUGUGAUUGCAGAGCUGGAUCAUGCCAAUCUAAAUCAGUAUUUUUAUAAUAAAUCAUUGUGCUCUUUUGGAGAGGAGGGACUGAUUUGUAUUCGUAGAUAACCUGACAGCUAUAACCCUCUCAAAGUAUAGGUAGGUGUGUUUUUUGUUUCCAGAUUGGUUUUGUAGGAGACUAUGCUGCUGCAGUAUACUAUACAGUACCCAGCAGGCCUUGUUGGUAGCCCCUGUCUGUCUACGAAGCACUUGAACCACUUUUACCAAAACGUCUAUUGAUUGACGCUUUACUGAGAAACCUUGGACCAAUAAUAGUCCAUCAUUCCAGACUCCAGUACAUUUCCAGAAAUGCUGUCCCUCCCCUUCCCGUUGAACGAAGGAUGAGGAACAGAGGCAGAACCCGGAUUCACCUCAACCCAGUCACAGGGCAGGAGUUAUUGUACUCUGCACAGCUUCAAGUCCCUCUGCGGUAACAUACUGUCAUCACCAUCACGUGGUGUUAAUAAGGGGACAUUUUAUGAGGGAAUCUACUAGUCACCUGUCUUUCUCUUCCUGUUUACAUUUUCCCUUGACUUUUUCUUCACUUAUUUUUGUGCUUUCCAGACCCAUCAAAUGUUGUUUCUUUGAUAUUUGUUCUGAAAUGUUUCAGCACAUCUACACUGAAUAGACCGAACAUUAGGAACCAGUUUCUAAUAUUGAGUUGCACCCCCACCCCCCUCUUUGCCCUCAGAACAGCCUCACGUGGUUGGGGCAUGGACUCUACAAGGUGCCGAAAGCUUUCCACAGGGAUGCUGGCCCAUGUUGACUCUUAAUGCUUCCCACAGUUGUGUCAAGUUGGCUGGAUGUCCUUUAGGUGGUGGACCAUUCCGGAUACACACAGGAAACUGUUGAGUGUGAAAAACCCAUCAGUGUUGCAGUUCUUGACACAAACUGGUGUGCCUGGCACCUACUACCAUACCCCGUUCAAAGGCACUUAAAUAUUUUGUCUCUCCUAUUGACCCUCUGAAUGGCACACAGACACAAUCCAUGUCUCAAUUGUCUCAAGGCUUAAAAAUUAUUCUUUAACCUGUCUCCUCCCCUUCAUCUACACUGAUUGAAGUGGAUUUAACAAGUGACAUCAAUUAGUGAUCAUAGCUUUCACCUGGAUUGUCUGUCAUGGAAAGAUCAGGUGUUCUUAAUGUUUUGUCCACUCAGUGAAUGUUUCCACUUAAUUUAGUAUUAGAUUAUUGAGUGGCCAACUAUAUCGAAUGUGACUUUAAAAAAAAAAUACAAAUGAAGAAUUGUGGUGUCGCGCAAUGCCAUAUAAACAAUGAAAUGUUGUCUUAUAGUUGUACUGUGAGUGGUGUGUUUUCUCUGAGAGCUGGUCUCUCUACGAACCUUCUGAUGUCGAGUUGAGUGCUGUACCCAUCCAUCAUGUUACCAUGGUUUCACUUACCUAUAUAGGUUUAUUGUUUGACAGGAUUGCACCCAGCAUUAAAAACACAAGUUAUACUCACUUUACCUUCACACACUUCCUGUUGACCAAUCACUUUAACUUCACACACUUCCUGUUGACCAAUCACUUUAACUUCACACACUUCCUGUUGACCAAUCACUUUACCUCCAUACCAUACCCUUCCUGUCGACCAAUCACUUUACCUCCACACCCUUCCUGUUGACCAAUCACUUUACCUCCAUACCCUUCCUGUCGACCAAUCACUUUACCUCCAUACCCUUCCUGUUGACCAAUCACUUUAACUUCACACACUUCCUGUUGACCAAUCACUUUACCUCCAUACCAUACCCUUCCUGUCGACCAAUCACUUUACCUCCACACCCUUCCUGUUGACCAAUCACUUUACCUCCAUACCCUUCCUGUCGACCAAUCACUUUACCUCCAUACCAUACCCUUCCUGUCGACCAAUCACUUUACCUCCACACCCUUCCUGUCGACCAAUCACUUUACCUCCAUACCAUACCCUUCCUGUCGACCAAUCACUUUACCUCCACACCCUUCCUGUUGGCCAAUCACUUUACCUCCAUACCCUUCCUGUUGACCAAUCACUUUACCUCCAUACCCUUCCUGUUGACCAAUCACUUUACCUCCACACCCUUCCUGUCGACCAAUCACUUUACCUCCAUACCAUACCCUUCCUGUCGACCAAUCACUUUACCUCCAUACCCUUCCUGUUGACCACUCACUUUACCUCCAUACCAUACCCUUCCUGUCGACCAAUCACUUUACCUCCACACCCUUCCUGUCGACCAAUCACUUUACCUCCAUACCCUUCCUGUCGACCAAUCACUUUACCUCCAUACCCUUCCUGUCGACCAAUCACUUUACCUCCAUACCCUUCCUGUUGACCAAUCACUUUACCUCCAUACCCUUCCUGUUGACCAAUCACUUUACCUUCACACCAUACCCUUCCUGUUGACCAAUCACUUUACCUCCACACCCUUCCUGGCGACCAAUCACUUUACCUCCACACCCUUCCUGUUGACCAAUCACUUUACCUCCAUACCCUUCCUGUUGACCAAUCACUUUACCUCCAUACCCUUCCUGUUGACCAAUCACUUUACCUCCACACCCUUCCUGUUGACCAAUCACUUUACCUCCAUACCAUACCCUUCCUGUCGACCAAUCACUUUUUGUAUUUGUUCCAAUGUUAAUUUCUUUGAUCAAGUAUUGUAUCACCUUGUAUCUCAGCUGGUUUCUUUCUGUAUUCCAUAAGCUAUCCCACUCCCUUGUUAUUGCUGUUGUAAGGAUGGAGGUGUGUCUGACCCUGUGCAUGACCACUCCUCAAUCCUAACACUCUUUUUAAAGCAACACCUCUACACAAUCAUCUAGUGCCAUUUGCAACCUUCCACAAAACCGUCAGGACACUUUCUCUUGUAUCUAUGGAUAUUGAAUAUCAUUUCCACAGAAUUCUUAUUCAACUGAUCGUGACCGAAAUGGCCCGCUAUGAACACAAAUAAAUAUUUUAUGAGUUGUAUGAUCAUCAUCACCUAAUAAACAUUGUUAUAGCUUACCGUGCA